UUGUAUUUACAUUACCGAUAAUCGGUAAUUAUCGACAAACAAGUCACUUUCACAAAACGUGUUUUAUUUUUCUUGUAAACAAAAAUACUGUUCUGUGUAUUUAUUUAUUGUAUUUAGAAAAUAAAUAGUUAAAUUAAUUUCAAAAUGGGUAAAAAGGAAGUUAAUAAUGAGAUCGUUAAAUUACGACAUUUAGUACGAAAAUCUCGAGUUCGAAUAAUACACAAUUUAACAAGAGAAAUAAAAAUAUUACGUGAAAAAAAUCAUGGCGAUGAAAAGAAAUUAGCAAAAUUUCAAAGACGCGCCGAAAGACUUCACGACGAAGUGAUGGCGUCAAAAAAAAUUCACGACGAUGAAAUAACAAAAUUUGCCAUUAACAAUGACAAAACAUUGUAUUCAAUUUUAAAUGAAACAUCAUCAGACGCAACACUUCGUGUAACAGCAAAAAUUGCCGAUUUUCCACAAUUAAAAGAACAAAUUGUGUUAUUGAAAAAAAAUUUUCCCGAUUACGAACAAUUUUUGGGACCCGGAAGAAAAAAAUUAAUGAAACAAGAAAUGAAAGCAGCAAAGAAGGAAUUAAAGAAUAAAGAGAAGGAAAAAUUGAAUGAAGAAACGACGAAUGAGGAAAUUGUGAAAAAUGAGAAGAAAAAGAAGAAGAAAAUAGUAACGAAAGAAGAUUCUGAUGAUGAUAAUGAUAAUGAUAAUGAUGAUGAGGAUGAAUGUUUGGAUGAUGAAAUGGAAGUUGAUGAGGAUCAAAAAUCAGAAGUCGAAGAAGAUGAAGAAACCGCGGAAAAAAAUGAAGAACAAGAAGAAGAAGAAGAAAAUCAAGAAGUUUCAGGAAAUAAUGAAACUGAAAGCGAAAAUGAAGAAGAGGAAGAAGAAGAAAAUCAAGAAGUUUCAGAGAAAAGUGAAAGUGAAGAAAUAGAUGAAGAUGAGGAGGAAAUUGAAAAUACUGACAAAAUCGAAGAAGACGAGGAUGACGAAACUUUUGAAGAUUCAAAAACGAAAAAUAAAAAUUUUAAAAUCAAUUCAAAAUCAAAAAAUAAAAAUUUGAAUUUAAAGAAUUUACAAAAUAACAAAAAAUCGACAGAAAUUGUAAAAAAUUCCAAAUUAAAUUCAAAAAUUACGGAAAAAGUCACAAAAAAAUCAUCUCAAAUUGUAAAAAAUGUAGAAAAGGAAAAAUCGAAAAACAAAAAGAAAGAAUCAAUAAAACCAAGGGAAAUACAUCCAGUAAGCAAAGAGGCGACUGUUAAAAGAUUUUCUGAACUUCUUAAAGAAAAUGAAGACGAUGAAAUAGAAGAAAUUGAAAAAAUAAGAAAAUCAUCAAAAAAAAUAAAAAUGGACACAAAAUUUCAAGAACUCGGUUUAAAAAAAGAGGAGGAUAGUUUUUUCACAACAGUUGACGGUGAUCAAAAUUACAUGAGUGUUGUCAUUCCAAAAAAACAAAUACAAAAUUUAAAUGACGAUAAUCGCGAAACAACACAGAUUGGAAAAAAAUUUUCACGAAGUAAAAAUGAAAGUUUCUUUUCAAAAGUUAAAAAUUCUGAAAGUGGUGAACGUUUUGAUAAAUUUAAAAAUAAAUCAUUAGAUCGACAAAAUUUUGAUCGUAAAUUUGAGUCAAAUAGAAAAAGUCGUCGAAAUGCCGAAUUUCGUGAGAAUAAAAAUGAUGAUAGAAGAAAUUCGGGAAAAUUUGAUAAUAAAAGAAUGGAGAAAAAAUCUGCAGCUACAGAUGAACAUUUACAUCCCUCUUGGGCGGCUAAAAAGAAACAACAGGAUGUCUUGAAAAUUGGAUUUCAAGGAAAAAAAAUUGUCUUCGGCGAUGAUUAAAUUUUUUAUGUAAAUAUAUAUAUAUAUAUAUAUAUAUAUA